GUUGCCCAACAUGGCUGCGCCCUGCUCGGAUCAGCAGGUCUGAAGGUGUACAUGAUGUCCAGGGAGCAGGUGAGUAUCAGUGAGCUCUUGCUCUCAUUGGACAGCUCAGAGCUGCAGGAGGCGGAGCUUGUCAGAACAGCCGUCAAUCUGCAGCUGAGUUCAGACAGAGGGGGCGCUGUGCUCUGCAGCCUGGUGGAUUAUUACCUGGACUGUUCGUCUCCUCAGGCGCUGCUGCUGCUCUCCUCCGUCAGAGAGGCUCAUCAUAAGCCCCUCUUGGAGAAGCUGAAUGAGUCUCUGAACAGACCGGUUAGCCGUCAGGCCGCUCUCACUCUGCUGGGUCACCUGAUCAGGAAACAGCCGCCAUGGGUUCAUCACAUCAGCCGCUCGAACCUGCUGACAUCACUGCUGCGCUGCCUCAAGACAGACUCGGACGUUGUGGUCCUGAUCACGGGAGUCCUGGUCCUCAUCACUCUGUUACCCAUGAUCCCUCAGGCCGGCAAGCAGCACAUCUACGACUUCUUCGACGUGUUCGGACGCCUCGCUUCCUGGAGCCUCAAAAACCCCGGUCAUGUGCCUGUGGUCCACCUGGUCCACCUGCAGGCCAGCGUUUACUCGCUGUUCCACCGGCUCUAUGGGAUGUUCCCCUGCAACUUCAUCUCCUACCUGAGACUCCACUACAGCAUGAAGGAGAACCUGGACACCUUCCAGGAGGUCGUCAAGCCGAUGUUGGAACAUGUCCGGGUUCAUCCAGAGUUGGUUUCGGGGACUCAGGAUUAUGAACUGGAUCCGUCCAGGUGGAAGUGUUAUGAAGUCCAUGACAUCGUGAUCGAGUGCUCCCGUGUGUCUCUGGAUCCUCUCGAGUCGUCCUGUGAGGAGGACGCGUACUCGUCCCUCAGAGACCUCCCCCCCUCCUCACCCAGACCUCCCCCUCUGUCCCCCCUCCCUCACCUGGACCUCACCUGCAGCCCCUACAGCAUAGACACUGGAAGUUCAGUUUGUCGUCCAUCGUCUGGAUGUCUCAGUCUGUCUCACAACAGCUCCUACAUGCAGGCUGAUGAGGACACUUGGAGUCCCUCCUCAGAAUGUGGACUGUCGACUCCUCCACCUGAACCUGCUGCUGUCAGCUCUGUUCCCCCACUGAGCAGAACCACCUCCAUCUCAGGUGUGAAAUGUCCCUCGUCAGCCUCCGUCCCGUUAACACUGACUGAAGACAUCGAUGGACACCAAAACCAGAACCAGAACCAGGUAGACCCCGCCUCCCCCCCACAGGUGAAGCAGCAGCCAAUCACAGAGCAGGAGAAGAGAGGCCAUGGUGAUGUCAUCACCUACAACAGCAGCGAAGGGUCCCAGCAGCCUUCCUCCUCCUCCUCCUCCUCUCAGCCCGUCCUCCUCACCUCCACCCCUACCCUCCCCCCUGCUCCUCCCCGCUGCUCCCUCUCUCUCUCCUUCACCCCCCCUCACAGACCGGAGGGAGGCUCCACCCCGUCAGACCCCGCCCCCCUGGAGCUGAGCCCCCCCCCUCCGUACGACGCCCUGUUCGACCUGGCUCUGCCCCGAGCCGCCUCGCUGUUCCUGGGCAGGAAGACACAGGAGGUGCUGGAGAGAGCGUCACAGGAGACCAGAGGAGGAGGAGGAGAGGGGGAGGACAGGGAGGAAGACUUCACCUCCGUCUCUCCUCUGAAGGUUUUGGAUCAGCUGAUCAUUCACGGACACGACGCCCACCAACACCUCAGCAGGAGGUGUUCUACAGCGAAGUUGGAUCGGAGUCAUUUUGGAGGUAAACAGCAGAGCAUGAAAACCAAAGGUCAGAGUGAGGACCUCCAGGCUCUGAGUAGUGAGCUGCUGCUGGUUCACAGUCAGCUGCAGUACGAGCGUUUCAAACGUCAGCAGCACGCCGUCAGGAACCGCCGCCUGCUGCGGAGAGUCGUCAACGCCACGGCGCUGGAGGAGCAGACCGUCGCCAUGAAGGCUCAGCUGGCCGUGCAGGACGAGGAGAUCCGCUCUCUGAAGACGAGUCUGCAGGAGGAGCAGAGACGAUACACCGAGCUGCAGAAAGACACACACACACGCACUACACAGCUGAACACACACAUCCAACAACUGCUGCUGCAGCAACAGGACGGACUCAGAGACACCCAGAGACUGCAGGGCGAGCUGCAGGAGUGUCAGAGCGGGCUGAAAGAUGUGGAGGCGGAGCUUCAGAAAGCCAAUAACACGGCUUACAAUGCAGAACAUCAACUGACCCAGCUGUCACUCAAGCUGUGCAGCAGUGAGCAGCUGCAGCAGCAGAUCUACAUGUUGAACCAGCAGCUGGUUCUACUGAGAGAGACCAACAGAACCCUGAGAGAACAGCUGGAGGCUGGAGACAAAGACUGCAGCACCGAGGCCACCAUGCUGCAGUGCAGUGUGGGUAGGGAGUACCAGCGGCUGAAGGACUCGGAUGUCCAGCAGAGACAGAAACUGGAAGCAGCCAAUCACAGGAUAGCAGAACUGGAGACCCAGCUGACCAAGAAGGACCAGCUGAUCCUGGAGCAGAAGAAGCUGCUGGAGGACACCAAGAACCACAGCAGGGCGGAGCUGUCGGCCUGUGAGAGUCGCUGUGUUGGUCUGAGGAGAAUCACUCAGAGUCUGCAGACUGAGAUGCUUCACCUGUACAGUCAGAUGCACCUGGAGCCCUGCAGCAGGUCAAACGGCAGCGAGGCCUCACCCUUCGCUCAGGACAUCCAGAAGCCCCGCCGCCCCUCUUCUUCUUCUGUGGGUAUAAUUAACGGAGGCGUGGCGGCGCUCUCCACCUCCCCGCUGCACCUCCUCUCCUGCUCCUCCUCCCCCCUCUCUCUCUCCCCCAUCGACUCCCCACUGGCCGUCGGCUCCUUCCUGGAGCAGCGGGCGCGGCAGCUGUUCAGACCGGCCAAUCAGGGCCAGGACGAGGAGCAGGAGGAAGAGGAGGAGCUGCAGGAGGAGGAAGAGGAGGAUGAAGAGGAGGAGGCCCAGCCAGAGAGCCCUCCUCUGGGUCAGGAGGCGGAGGAGGCGUCGCUCCUCACAGGAAGCCUCCUCAUGGAGCCUCCUGCUGCUCCUCGGCCUCCUGCUGUCAGUCUGCCUGAAGACCUGACGCUCGCCGUGCGCCAGCGCAGACACGAGCUGAGCAUCAUGGACUACGACGAGACGCUGCCCGAGUACUGAGGGGAGGGGAGGGCAGGGGAGGGCAGGAAGGGGGGGGGGGGGGGGGCAGGAAGGGGGGGCAGGGGGGGCAGGUAGGACCUCACAGUGUAUGUGAUCACUCUCAUCAGAUCAUCAGGACCUUCUGUCGCUCUGAUUAUAAAUAAAUGUAUUUUUAUAAAGACCAGAACCAGAACUACACAUUAAUACACCAGAACUCUGUUUCACAUAGAACAUAUAAAACAUAGAACACACAGAACAUAGAACAUAUAAAACAUACAGAACAUAGAACAUACAGAACAUAUAGAACAUACAGAACAUAGAACAUACAGAACAUAUAGAACAUACAGAACAUAGAACAUACAGAACCUGUGUAUGUUCUGAUCGUCUGUGUGUUAAAUCUUUAUUUUCUGGUCAUGACUAAAUCAAACUUCAGUAUAUACACACAGAACGUAGAACAUAGAGAACAUAGAACCUCACUUAUAUCCAGUAUAGAGCACUUUAUUUAUUCUCCACAGAGCCUCAAACAUCGACUCAGUUUAUGGAGUAAUUUAUAUUUACAGUUUUCAUAUAAAUGAAUAUUUUUAUAAUUCUUUAGUGGAGAGCGCUGACUGAAGGUCCUGAUGCUUCACGAUGAGUCUGAUGGAGUGAUGAAGGUGAUGAUGGAGGAGGAAGGAGGAGCCGUCGUUGUCGCCAAACAAACAUAAAAGCCAAAAAUAUUAAGGGAAAUAAAACGGAGGGAGUCUUUUUUUUUUUAAGUGUUGAUGAUUCGACAGAUGAACGAACAGCAGCUUUAAAACACUAAGUGAGACGUGACUGCAGGUAAAGACACUUAAAGGAGCUCCGUUCUAACAUGAGGGUUAGCAAGGUUAGCAGGGUUAGCAGGGUUAGCAAGGUUAGCAGGGUUAGCAGGGUUAGCAAGGUUAGCAGGGUUAGCAAGGUUAGCUGGGUUAGCAAGGUUAGCAAGGUUAGCAGGGUUAGCUGGGUUAGCAAGGUUAGCAAGGUUAGCAGGGUUAGCAAGGUUAGCUGGGUUAGCAAGGUUAGCAGGGUUAGCAAGGUUAGCAGGGUUAGCAGGGUUAGCAGGGUUAGCAAGGUUAGCAGGGUUAGCAAGGUUAGCAGGGUUAGCAGGGUUAGCAAGGUUAGCAGGGUUAGCAGCAGAAAGCUCCUUUAACCCUCCUGUCGUCCUCCCGGGUCAAAUUGACCCCGUCUCUUUUCACUGUUCCUUCUUCCCUCUUUCUUUAAUUUUUCCUUCGUUCUUCCCCUCUUUCUUUGCUCCCUCCUCCUUCCAUACUUCUUUCUUUCUUUCCUUCCAUACUUCCUUCCUCCCUUCCUUCCUCUUUUCCUUCCUCCCUUCCUUCUCUCCUUACUUCCUUCCUCUUUUCGUCCUUCCUUCCUCCCUUCCAUACUUCCUUCCUUCCUUCCUCCUUUCCUUCCUCUUUUCCCCCCUCCUUCCUUCCUUCCUUCCUCUUUUCCUCCCUUCCUUCCUUCCUCCCUCUUUUCCUCCCUUCCUCCCUCCCUCCUUCCUUCCUUCCUCUUUUCCUCCCUUCCUCCCUUCCUUCCUUCCUUCCUUCCUUCCUUCCUUCCUUGCCCUGAGGACAACAGGAGGGUUAAGUGUCUGCUGAGGAACAACGCUGCUGUAAUGAACCUCACGAGUGAUUUUCGUCCUCUAGCUGCUAACUUCCACAACACGAUGAUCCACCUCAGUGUGUGUGUGUGUGUGUGUGUGUGUGGGGUUCCUCAGGGUUCUGCUCUCGGUUCUCGGUUCCGCUCUUUAUUAUUUGCAUGCUGGUGUUCUGCGUGUCGGACUGUCGGAUGUUUUCUGAAGUGAUUUUUCUCCAGUUUCUGUUGGAUGGUUUUAAAGCCUUAACAAGGGAAAGAUGAGCCUCCUGUAAACUGACUUUAACCUUUAUGUAACGAUGAAUGUAAACUAUUCAAAUCUUCCUUCAUGUUGGGGAAUAAAUAAGUCCUCAGGUUCACAGCUCAGGAUCUCAGAGUUUAGGACACACUGGAUGAAUGGUGAACUUGUCCUUUAAUCCUGUAAAGCAACAUCUGAAGCAGCUCAGUGUGAGUUCAGACUGACGACACACAAACCAAAGACUUAAUAAAACCAGCUGAUUAAACUGAAUCAUCUGGGUGAUUUAUUUUCAUUUCUACUCUUCUGUCAUCAGCACGAAGACACGAAUGUUAAACUGUGAACACGAGAAAUCAAUAAAGACUUUAAUCUGAA